UCCCAUCCGUCCGCGCCGAGAUUGUGCAACUACUCUCUCGAUCCCCGCCGUGAUGUUCCUCCUUCCACACGCCGCACUGCCACUGCCCAUAGCGCCGCGCCGCGCCGUGCCACCCCUGCAUCGUUUUCCCUUGCCACCCUGCCCUGCGCGCGCGCGCGCGCAUUCGUAACCCUCUCCUAUAUAUCCACUGCAAUCUCCCGUACUUUCCUCCUCGCUCCAGAGCCCCCUCGGCCCACGCAGAGCCAGCGUCAGUGACACGCAGCCGCGCCGAGGAAGACGACCGAGCUAAGCUAAGCUCGCUAGCGAGGGAGGCAAUGGCGGCAGCCGGCGGCCUCCUGCUGCGCGGCGCGGCGGCGCUCACGGUCGCCGUCCUGAUGCUGGGCAUUGCUGGCGCCGCGAGGGCGCAGCUGCGGCAGAACUACUACGCCAGCUCCUGCCCCAGCGCGGAGUCCACGGUGCGCUCCGUCAUCUCGCAGCGCCUCCAGCAGAGCUUCGCCGUCGGGCCCGGCACGCUCCGCCUCUUCUUCCACGACUGCUUCGUCCGGGGAUGCGACGCGUCGGUGAUGCUGAUGGCGCCGAACGGGGACGACGAGAGCCAUAGCGGCGCGGACGCGACACUGUCGCCAGACGCCGUGGACGCCAUCAACAAGGCCAAGGCGGCCGUGGAGGCGCUCCCCGGGUGCGCCGGCAAGGUGUCGUGCGCGGACAUCCUCGCCAUGGCCGCACGUGACGUCGUCUCCCUGCUGGGCGGGCCAAACUACGCCGUUGAGCUCGGGCGGCUGGACGGCAAGUCCUUCAACAGGGCCAUCGUCAAGCACGUUCUCCCCGGCCCGGGCUUCAACCUGGACCAGCUCAACUCCCUGUUCGCGCAGAACGGGCUCACGCAGACGGACAUGAUCGCGCUCUCAGGCGCUCACACGAUCGGCGUGACACACUGCGACAAGUUCAUCCGCCGGAUCUACACGUUCAAGCAGCACCUGCCGUGGAACCCGCCGAUGAACCUGGAGUACCUGCGGUCGCUGCGUCGGGUGUGCCCCAUCAACUACAGCCCGACGGCGAUCGCGAUGCUGGACGCGUCCACGCCCAGGGUCUUCGACAACGCCUACUUCAACAACCUCCGCUACAACAAGGGCCUGCUCGCCUCCGACCAGGUGCUCUUCACCGACCGCCGCUCCCGCCCCACCGUCAACCUCUUCGCCGCCAACAACACCGCCUUCCAGGAGGCGUUCGUCGCCGCCAUGGCCAAGCUCGGCAGGAUCGGCCUCAAGACCGGCAGCGACGGCGAGGUGCGCCGCGUCUGCACCGCCGUCAACUAGCUCGCCGGCCGCCGACAUCUAGCCUAGCGUGUGUGCGUGCGUGCCUGAGUGUUUUGACGGGCGUGCAGUGUGUGUGUUGAUCAUUAGUAGAGUUAUUGUAGUAGGCUGUGGGUUCGUAGGUUCGUGAAAGAACUUUUUUUUUUUUGCUUGUUUAUACGUUUGGUGGUGAGAUUUUGUUAGCGAUUAAUUCUUUUGACGCAGCAGAGGUGUGGAUCGGUGGAUUAUAGAAACUGAUGAGAUGUUUGCCUCGACCUAAUGGAUGUUUGGGUUGACA